AUGCAUAGUCCCGGCCGCCGCAUUUCAGGUAUCGUUCUGCCGUGUUCUGUUAUUAGCUUCGUUUCCUCGUCGACAAUCUGGCUUUCAUUUCUUAGUCGUGUCAGCUACGCUCGUGGAUUCCGUAAAACACACAGUGCCAAACUUUGCCUUUGCCAUGCCUGUAUCUUUUCGUAACACGUUGAUUCAAAUUAGCAUUCAAACUAUUCUUGGAAAACUGCGUCUGGGAUGCUAAUAAUAAACGAGCGUGUUUGACUUUGGUGAAGAUGAUUUAACUUGGAAUUUGUUAAUGUUAAACCCGUUUGGUUUUAUGUUGAGAUCCUUAGUUAUUCACUUGGAAGAAGCAUGAUGAACCUUCAUCUGUGUCUCAAGGUUUAACGAUCUUCCCGAUUUAUCAAUAUUUCUUCCUACCAAUCAAAUGAGAUUAUUUAUUUUCCUUAUCAAGUUGAAGAUCCUUCGUUUGAAUAUAAUUUUUCAAUAGCUUAUCAACUUUUAGACCCUCCCAUACUCACGGUUGCUUAUGAUUUCAGUCGAGAGCUUUGAUAAGUGAAGCUUUUAAUAUCUUCUCUAGAUCUUAGUUUGUCUUAACUUUUAACAGGUUGUCGUACACACUAAUUUGUCCUAAGAAAUAGUUUUCAUGGCAACCGAUUCUCUUUGAUAUCUCAAAAAUUGUCUCAAAUGCAGAGAAUGAUCUCAAACGCGGUGUUAGAAAGCUUCAUCCCCUCUACCGUAAAUAUCACCUUAAGAAAAGAUGAGAAAAUUCUGGGCAAUAUCCCCUGUUGAUGAAAAGAAAUUAUGGAUGAAAAGAAAGCGCCGAGAUUGUGGAAAAUACAGAGACAGAGCAAUAACCGAGAAAAGCUUGAAUGUAUAAUCCUUCUUUUAAAAUUUUUUGUGGGUUUUAUUAUUGUGGAAAAUAUGCCAAUCCUUUUAUUGAUCUUCAUUCCAUGAAUGCCACCACCACCAAAUAUGAACUCCCGUGGCCUCUAAAUUCCUCUUCCCCAAUCUGUCAUCUGUCUUCUAUUUUUAUUUCUAGGCAAACAUUGAUGUCAUAUAUCCUCUCUCUCUCUCUAUCUAUCUUUCUCUCCCAAAUGGCUCGAAAGCUAUGAUUAUACUUUCAUUUCUUACUUCAUGCUCUUAUGCAUGUAUUGUUUAUCUAUUUUCAAGCUCUCCUUAGAUCAGUUUAGUCUCUAGCUGGAUGAAAUGCCGUCGUGAUGUUUUUAAUCAUUUCAUUAUCUCCUUCCUCUGGUUUUGGAUCAGAUUGCAUUGAUUUUUGUAUGGAUCGAAAAUGCACAUUCGAACUCUGUACAAAGAGUGGUUCACCGGCAAGGCGAUGGUGGAUAUAAUGUGGAUCAUACUCUCUCACACUCUUGUAUCCACGAUGAGAUAAUUCAACAGAGGCGUCAACCUGGUCGCAAGGAAUACUCAGUUAGCCCGCAAGUUUAUGACAGAUCUGACAGCUCCAACUUAAAUCAUCCUCGGGGGAGGAUAUUGCUUGGACUGACUUCGUCUGAUUUGGAGGGUUCCAGGCAACCCAUCAGAAUUUUUUUGAAUUAUGAUGCAGUUGGUAUUUCUCAAGACAGAGAUUGUCGAAAUAUUGGGGAUAUUGUGAAGGUGGGCCAUAGCCUAUAAUGUCAUGAGCCAUGAUAUGUAUGAAAUUUCUUCUCAUUUUUGCUUGUUUUGUAGAUUGGUGAACCUCCAGCAGCCUCUGUUUCUGGAUCGCCAGCAUGCAAUCCACAUGGAGAUCCUCCAAUAUCUGGUGACUGUUGGUAUAAUUGUACCUUGGAAGAUAUAUCAGGGCCCAGUAAGAAGCUCCGUCUUCGCAAGGUUGCACUUCUUCUGUAAAACCUCUGCCCAUCUGAUCUGCACUUUGAUAUUCUAAUAAUGUGACUCUGUGACAAAUCUGGGUUUUAUGCGAGGCCUCAUAUACCCAUACAUUGAUGAAAUUUAGCCCUUGCUAUGUAGAGUGUUGAAAUGGAAUCCAAUUCAUUGUCAGAAAUUCUGUUAAUCGAAAAAAUAAAAUCUUGAAAAAUACUGGUGUGUGAAAGAAGAUCUUUUCAGCUGGUGAGAACUUCCCUGCCCGACAUUACAAUGAUAAGUCAAUGUCGUACUAGUUGAGGAAAGCUGAACAGUGCACCAAAGCAGAAAGGAGGAGAAGGUUUACGAGAUGUGGAAUUCAUCUCAGUGACCUUUCCAUUAAUAGAUUCAUGGAUUCGGCCAUGCCACUUUCUGAAGUGAAUCAUAUGGUUAACUAUGAUCUUAGCAAGCUGUUCCAUGCCCAAUAGCUCAUCCGCAAAUGAUUUUUGAGAAUGCUUUUCAAAUCUCUUAUAGUACCAAUAUAUCAUGUUCCAGACCUUUAUCUUCUCGCAGUUGAUAUUAGAUUCAUCCCUUUGUAUGACAUCAUUUGGUGUUAGUUUGGUUACUGGCAUGACAUCCAAAUGACCUAGGGUCUUUCAUGUAUCCAUGCCCUGGUUCACUUUUGUAGGCAAUGGAGAAAACAGCUGGCUGGUUUAACCGGGCACUCUCUGUGGAGCCUGUGAAGGGGAAUCUACGCUUAAGUGGAUACUCUGCCUGUGGCCAGGAUGGUGGUGUGCAACUACCCCAUCAAUAUGUAGAAGGUGCCUUUACUUAUCUCGAUAAUUUAUUAUUUUUAAUAUUUUCUUAUGGUUUUUUCAUGCAUUGAUUGGCUUGAAUUUGAUUUGCAGAUGGUGUUGCUGAUGCUGACCUGGUCCUUUUGGUCACCACUAGGCCAACCAGUGGCAACACACUUGCAUGGGCUGUUGCAUGUGAGCGUGAUCAAUGGGGUCGUGCAAUUGCAGGUAAUCAUCUUGACCCUGCGAUGCUUUCUGUUUGAGGUAUUUAAGUCAAUAAAAGAUGCCUCUCAUCUCUUCAGGUCAUGUCAAUGUUGCGCCCUGUCAUUUGACUGCUGAAGCGGAGUCAUUGCUUUCGGCUACUCUAAUACAUGAGGUUAGUAGGAUCUUUAUUCCAACAAAAAAAUUGAUGAUAAUUACAUUUUUGAGCCACCAUUCUCUGCAGGUUAUGCAUGUUCUAGGUUUUGAUCCCCAUGCCUUUGCACAUUUCCGAGAUGAGAGGAAGAGGAGGCGCACCCAGGUACUCUAUACCAGCUACUUACUAUGUCUGCAGAUGUUUUAAGACCACUUAAUUUUCUGUAAGAUUGUCACAUGUUAUGUUCGAAUGCGGAAUAAAGUCAUAAGUUUUUAAUCUCACAUUUGAUUUCUAAAACAUCAUUGAUGGAACCUGAGUUCUCUCUCUCUCUCUAUCUCGUGCUCCCGCAUCUCUUUUUCUUCUUUAAUGUUCAUAUGAUUUAAUGAUGUUUUAUGCCAACACAGUUCUAUCUUUUGCUCCAGAACAGACUUGUCUUCUUGCACCAGAGAGUGGACGAUAAAUAGAUGGAAAUGGAUCGAGACGAUAUGAACACAAAUGAAUAACAUUAGAUAGGAAAUGAUGAGCAAUAACCUGGGAUCCAUUUCUCGCUCCAUAAGAAAUCCAAUGAAAAAGCUUCAUGAAGCCAUUGAUGACUUAUAGAUGGUUCUGGUCAAUGAGUUGGCUCCUCUUCGAAUGCAGACCAGCCCCUUAGUUUCAGUGUUCUUUUUGAGAUUGAUUGAGAUGUGACUGCCGCCUUUCAGGUUCUGCACUCAAAAGUCUCUAAAUAUUUAAUAAACCUUGAGAAAAAAUAUCAAGUUAUCUGAAACAUUCCCUCAGCAUAGGCCUUUGUCAUGCCUCUCCCCGUGAUGGUUGAUCUAUAGCUUUGGCUUGAGGAACAAGAAUUAUUCACACUAUGAUCCCUUGUUCUCCUGAAACUCAUGAACCUUGUAUUCAGGUCGCCGUCCAAACCUUGGAUGAGAAGCUUGGCCGUACUGUCACCCGUGUGGUCCUCCCUCGCGUCAUCAUGCACUCAAGGCACCACUAUGGGGUAAUUCAAUACCCAACCAAGUAUUUUCAUCUCUCUGAUAUAUAUAUAUAUACACACACACACAUAGAGAGAGACACUAUUUUGCGUUUAAUCAUUGAAAGAUGAUUUUACUUUACUUUAUGUAUUUAAAUCAUAGGUAUUCUCUGAGAACUUCACUGGGUUAGAGCUGGAAGAUGGGGGAGGUCGAGGCACCUCAGGUAAGAAGUCUCCACAUCAGAGUUCUUAGGCACGAGGAUGAAGUCAAAGGCAUAAGCAUCACCUUCGGAGCCUUUCCCCUGGCAAUUCUUAUGGCAGGAUCCCACUGGGAGAAGAGGCUCCUCAUGAACGAGAUUAUGACAGGGUCGGUAGAUGCUCGAUCAGUGGUUUCAAAGAUGACUCUGGCAUUAUUAGAAGAUAGCGGGUGGUACAUGGUGAACUACAGCAUGGCGGGCGAUCUGCAGUGGGGCCGCCACCAGGGUGCGGAGUUUGUCUCCUCUCCGUGCAACCACUGGAAGGGAGCAUACCAUUGCAACACCACUCAGUUUUCUGGCUGUACGUACAACAGGGAGGCCGAAGGUUAUUGCCCCAUUGUAAACUACAAUGGGGAUCUGCCGCAAUGGGCCCGAUAUUUCCCACAGGCCAACAGAGGUAUGAAAUUGUUGAUUUAUUAAUAAAUAUUGUUAUUAUUUCUGAUUCUAGUUAAAUCCUGGGAUUAACUGGUUUUCCUGUUAACAUCCAGAUUUAAUACCGGAUAACUUGUCUAUCUUUGAUCAUAUGAAAUUCUUAAAGAAGCAUGCAAAUGAUGAUGUCAACCUUUUUGAAGAAACGAGUAGAAUAAUUCUACGGGGGUACUAAUUUAAUAUGAGCAUAUGUCAGAUUAUGCCGAAUUGAUUGAUAGAAACAGAUGGUGAUCUUCUUGUCUUGAUUAGAUUUCAUUAACCAAAUAUAAAGUAAGAAAUUUGCGAUAGAAAUCAAUCACGUGUUCUUUUCUGUGAUACUGCUGAAAACAUCUUCUGUUUUUUUUUGGGAAACUUUGAGUCUUUUAAGCAGAAUUAUAACUUACUCUUUAUGCCGAUGCUCAUGUGGUAUCUAUGUUCAUCAAUGUUUGUUUCGAAAGAUUUUUUGUUGGCGUCUUUCUGCUCAAUGCGCCAAUACGUCCAUGAUAUCCCCACAUGUAGCCAACUUCUUCCCCUGCUCCCCUUGACUAAUCUAGGCGCGAAGUCAUCGUUCGCUGGUCAUUACGCAUUCUUCUGGGUCAGAGUGCCCAUGAAUGCCCAUGAUUUCCACGGAAAAAUUCAUCAUUUCCCGUGUUCCUCGACUAGGUGUAGGCGAUCAAUCAUCAUUGGCUGAUUAUUGGACAUAUUCUUUCAUAAAUGUCCAUGGUGUCCGCCCACAAGGUCAGCAUUUUCCUGGUGUUCCACUGGGUAAAUGUAGGCGGGCAAUCAUUAUAGAUCAUUUUCAUGAAACUAGGCCCUAAAUCUGAUAUUCUCCCGGUUUCCCUUUGACUAAAUUUAGGUCGGGAAUCAUCAUUGGCUGAUUAUUGCACAUUAUGAUGAGUCCAUGCACAAACUUAACUUUUCCCGUGUUCCUUGACCUAAUGUAGGCGGGCAAUCGUCAUUGGCCGAUUAUUGCUCCUAUUUCGUAGCUUAUUCUGAUGGCUCUUGCACUGAUGCAAGUAGUGCAAGAGCACCCGAUAGAAUGCUGGGCGAGGUGCGAGGGAGCAGCUCUAGGUGAGAAUCAAGAUAAGCUCCAUGAAGGUGAAGAAAAUCUGAGUGCCCUCAUGCUAAUAUCACAGCGUUCGCAGGUGCAUGGUUUCAUCUUUGGUCCGCAGUGGUUUUGUGCGGGGAUCAAUGGCUCAGGGGAAUGGAUGCUAUCAGCACAGAUGCAUGAACAACUCAUUACAGGUGCAACUCCUCAGCUCCUAUUACUUGUUGUCUACAUUUUUCAUGUGAUAAAUGAUGAAUUGUAUCCAAGGGACAGAGCCCUCAGUUGACCAUUCCAACGAAUGCUCAUAAAUUUUCAAUAGAAUGUCACAUUAAUCCAAGGAAUCUUACGUACCUCAGGGUACAUCUGAUCUUUGAUGAAGUUUGCUCUUAAUCUGAGGUUUCUCCUGGCUUGUUUACUGUUAGACUCAUUAGAAAGUUUCAAUAGAAUUCCUUCCUCGAACAACAUCACAAGCUGUUCUAUAUUGUUCUUGUUAUUGGUUCAGACACUCUAACAGAAUGUCAAAAAGAUCACCAGGGUGAGUUGAUUGUAUUAUGCUUCCAGCAAUAAUCCUCCAAUGCACGUCCUCACUGAACAGUUCAUCACCAUGGAUGCCGAUAAUCUUUCAUCCAUACGAAAAUAUAUUCAUCUCACUCAGCAAGAUGUACUGCAUUGACUAGGUAGCUGUUGAUGGGACGUGGAAGGUGUGCCCUGAGGAUGGUGGCCCAAUCCACUUUCAUGGUUUCAAUGGUGAUGAUCAUUCAUUCCAUGUCUCCUUUAAUUGACAACAGAAAUAUAAUUUUUUUUCCGGUGCUGAGUUCAUUUCUUCCGUUUCCUGUUUCCAGGGGAGCUGAUAUGCCCCGCCUAUCAUGAACUGUGCAACGCCGUGCCAUUGCCUCUACAUGGGCAAUGCGCCGGCUCAUGCAACUUCCAUGGAGACUGCAUCAACGGAAAGUGCCACUGUUUUCUUGGGUUCCAUGGCCAUGACUGCAGCAAACGUAGGUCCAGUUCAUAUUAAUCAAAUCAGACUCUUUGAAUAUUCCUCGCCGGUUAUGUUCCCUCGGCUCAUCCAUCGUUCUUCUGUGCCUUCCAGGGGCUUGCCCAAGCAAUUGCAGCGGGCAUGGAGCCUGCCUCCUCAAUGGAAUCUGCAAAUGCCAUGAUGGGUGGACGGGGGUUGACUGCUCCACGGGUAAUCCAUCUGCAAAUUUGAUGAUGAAUCGCCCUGAGACAGGGGAAUAAAUAAUAUGUCGCCUGAUCCCUAGUUUUCUGCCGCGCAGCCAUCUGCAACGAGCAGUGCAGCCUCCAUGGUGGCGUCUGUGACAACGGUGUAUGUGAAUUUCGCUGCUCAGACUAUGCUGGCUAUACUUGCCAGAACAGAUCUACUCUCUUGCCCAGCUUGUCAAUCUGCCAGGAUGUGCUUGCCCAAGAUGCGGUAGGGCAGCACUGUGCCCCCAGUGAGCCCAGCCUACUCCAGCAGCUUGAAGUGGCUGUCAUCGGGCCAAACUACAGUCGCUUGCUUCCCAGCGGGUGGACCUUGUUCAACAUCCUCGACCGUGGUUACUGCACUGCAGCCGCCAAACGGCUUGCCUGCUGGGUAUGCUUUCUGACAUCUCACUGCGUGUUUUCCCUGCUGGGCUCUGCACUACGCUUAGGAAACGUUAUGUUCGAAAAUGAAUGAGUGUUAAGAAUGGUCUUAUACUGGAGAAAUAAAUCGGUCACUCUGAGGAUAGGUCCUGCUCAUAUCUGCUAGACCUUUCCAUUUAGUUUUAGGUAUUUUUAUUUCAGAGCACUGGCGCCAGCCGUCCAUUUCCUUUUUUAUAUGCUGCAAAAACCAUCUAAAUUUGAGCUCCAUGCUCAAAUUGAGCAUAUUUCCUCCUGCGAAGGAAUCCCUGCUCACUCUACUCUUCUUUACUUGAGAUCCUUAUUGCUGCCCGCAUUUUUCAUCACAGAUCUCGAUCCAAAGGUGUGACAGGGACGGGGACAACCGGCUUCGUGUGUGCCACUCGGCUUGUCGGUCGUACAACGCCGCAUGUGGCGCGUCCAUUGAUUGCUCGGAUCAGACGCUUUUCAGCACCGAGGAAGCAGAUGGGCGGUGCACAGGGUAUGGCGAGAUAAUCUCCGGGUGGUUCCAGCCUUUCCGCAACAUCAGAAAGGUGUUCUAG